UUGCUCUAUAUAAGAGACACUAGCUUCUGUUGCAUUUUGCUACCAACUCCGGCUUGUUCAGUCUUUCUUGGAACUUUGUUACUCUCACACAUGUCUCGCUCCGUGCCUUUGGUUUCAACCAUUUUUGUCUUGCUUCUGCUUCUGGUGGCCACUGAGAUGAUGGGGCCAACAAUGGUGGCAGAAGCAAGAACUUGUGAGUCUCAGAGCCACCGUUUCAAGGGGCCAUGUUUGAGUGACACCAACUGUGGCUCUGUUUGCCGAACCGAACGUUUCACUGGAGGACACUGCCGUGGCUUCCGUCGCAGAUGCUUCUGCACCAAACAUUGUUAAUUUUAAAAAAUUAAUUAAGAGUGCUUUGAUAGAAGAUGAUAGAUCUAUCAUCUUUCUACUCGUGUUGUUAAUUAACCACUUUGUGUUUGAGAAUAAGGGUUACCCAUUCUACUAUGGGUUUCUUUGUUUGCCUCUUAUUUUAUCUAGUUAGAGAUCCUUUUAUGAAACGAGUGAUCAGUGUGAAGGAAUUAUGUUAUCUGUGUUGUUAAUUUAAUAUUAUUCUAGUAAAUUUUAUUCCGUCGUGACUUUUUA